AUGCAGCGGCAGCCGAACGGGACGUACGAGGAGGUCCUCGCGCUCGCUUGCGAGAUGAACGUGUGGCGCACGGUGGAGACGCUGCUCUCGAGCAGCAAGACGAUCAACGAGGCCGCCGCCGACGGCCGUCUGCGUGUCGUGGGGGCGCUGCUCGACGUGUCGUCGGGAGCGGUGCAGCUGAUGGGGCAGCACCCUUCGCUGGCGGAGCUUGUCAAGUCCACGCCGAGCGGCGACGUGGUGCGGACGGCGGAGGAUGCGCCGGUGCCGGCCGCCGAGGCCGCCGCCAUGCUCUAUGCGGGCAACCUGCGCUACGCGAGCGGUAAGGGCGGCUACAACCAAUUCUCCGGCGACCAGAAGCUGCUGUGCAAGCUGUGCGAGAGCGGGCAGAACCCCGUCUCCGUCAUCAUCGGCUGUGCCGACUCGCGCGCGCCGAUCGAGAUGCUCUUCGACAUGCGGCCGGGCGAUCUGUUUGUCCUGCGCAACGCCGGCAGGCUCGAGCGGCCUCCUCCCCGCAUGGGGCCCGCAUGGGGCAGCGAGAGGUCCUCAUGA